AUGGCUACCAACUCAUCAGACAACAUUGUUCACCUUAAUGAAGUGAUUGUGGCAAUGGUACCAUUUCCUGAAUAUAGCCAUCUCAACCAGCUUUUCAUCGUUGCUCGUUUUAUCGCCUCACAUAAUAUACCAGUACACUUACUCUCUCUUGGUGAGCAGAGCCAAAAUUUUAAGUUGCGCGUCCAAGGUUGUCUAGAGUUCUCCAACAUUCAUUUCAAUGACCUUGUGCUACCUUCUGAAACAGAAGACACCGAAUAUGCUGGUGAUGAUCUGCCUCCAAUUGUAUCAUUGUUGAAAAAGCUUAACGACCCCAUUUAUAAAACAUGUCUUGAACUCUCAAUCAACGCGAAAAGAUUGAUCAUAAUUCAUGACAAUCCGAUGACUACUGCUAUGGGGGAUGUGCUUUCGUUCCCAAAUGUAGAGUCGUAUAUUUUCCACUCCAUUCCAGCUUUUACAAGAUAUUCUUUGUUCCGACAAUGUAUUGACUCAGUUGAUGACGAUCAUGAAGAAAUUCUUCCGCAACUGCAAGAUGAGCUUCCGACAACAGAGAGUUGUUUUGGACAGUAUAUGGCAUUGUUCGUUAGAAUAGAACGCGAAUGGAAGCUCAACGCAGGAGAAAUCAUGAACUCUUGUAGAGAAGUCGAAGGUAAGUACCUAGAUUUACUUGCACAUGAAAGUAUAGACAAGAAGCCGUUGUGGGCUGUUGGUCCACUUCAUAUGCUGCUGCUAGAAUCACAUAACUCUAGUAACACGACUCGUCAUGAAUGCCUAGAGUAUCUCGAUAUGCAAGAUGUUAAUUCAGUAAUAUUCGUUUCGUUUGGAACAAACACUAAACUCUCACAAGAACAAGUCAAUGAGAUAGCGCUUGGUUUAGAACAAAGCAACCAUAGAUUUAUUUGGGUACUAAGACAAGCAGAUAAAAAAACGGACAUGAAAAAAGUUGAAGAAAAAGAUGGAAAGAUUGAAUUACCAAAAGAAUUUGAAGAAAGAGUAAAAGGAAGAGGAAUGGUAGUGAGAAAUUGGGUACCUCAAUUGGAAAUCUUGGGACAUCCAUCUACUGGUGGAUUUUUAAGUCAUUGCGGAUGGAAUUCUUGUCUAGAGAGCAUUAGUAUGGGAGUUCCAAUAGCAGAUUGGCCGAACAGUGCAGACCAGCCUUAUAACGCUGUUUUUGUAACUAGCGUGCUAAAGGUUGGAAUCUCUGUGUGUAGUUGGGAUCGGAGAGAAGAAUUGGCGACGGCAACAGCGGUUGAAAAGGCUGUCAAGACGUUGAUGGCUACAACAGAAGGAGAAGAGAUGAGGCAAAGGGCGAUGGAGUUGAGCAAUAAGAUCAAGAACUCUGUUAGUCGUGGAGGACUUGCGCGCAAGGAAAUGGAAUCUUUCAUAUCAUGCAUUACCAGGUAA